UCCAACCAGUGUGAGAGAGAAGCCGAAGGCGUGAAUGUCUUAGAGAGAGAAAGAGAGAGAGCUUUAGAGAGAGAAAGAGCCUGCUCAUCUCCUAAACUCUUCAAAGCGUUGCUUAUAGAAAGAGUGCAAAUUUAGAGAGAUAAAGAUCGAAUCUUGAUAGAGAGAAGAGCCUGCUCAUCUCCUCAAGUCUCGAAACAAGAAGCUAUUUCCACAGAGGGAGAGAGAGCAAAUUUAGAGAGACAGAGAGAGCGACGUUAGAGAGAGAGUGGGAAUUUAGGGAAGAAGAGAGAGCAAAUUUAGAGAGAGAGGGAAGUUAGAGAGAGAGAGAGAAUUUAAGGACAGAGAGAGUGUGGCUGCUCCUCUUCCCGAGCUUCCCCCAUUUAUCAACAGAGAUUCCCAAAAACCUGCUAAAAAUGGCAUUAAUGGCGGGCGAACAAAACGGCUGGUGCGUUUCCUUUCUCUCUCUACCUCUAUCCUUGAAUAAGUAUUGGAAUUUCACUGCCAUUUCCUACACUUGGCGGCUUCGCACUCCCAAAUUUAUCGGAAUCCCCACUCUCGAUCGGAUCAUAAGCUCUGCUCCAUUUUAUAGAAACCCCUUUCUCUCUCCUCUGAUAUCUUCUCCAAAUUUAGCGACGCCUUCCAUUUCCUCUAACUUCAGCGGUUUUUUAGUACCCUUGAUUGAGCCCAUGCCUAAACCCCUACAACCAAGACCCUACCACUCCCUUCUCUCUCUAACCCUCUCUUCUCCACCCAAUGCGGCGUACUGCUAAACCAGAAAUUAUCCAUGAGUCCACCAAAGAAGCUGGACGAAAUCGAGAAGGCGAUGGCUCUGUCUCUGGUUCACCGGUUCAGGUUUCUCGUUCUGAUUCCAAAAUUAGUGUUCCUGUUUCUUCUUCUACUUCACCGGGAGGGAUUGGCACCAGUGAAGUGGAAAAUGGCCAUGAAUUCAGUGGAUGGAUCAGCGGAGAAAUUGCAGGGAGUCGUUCGAUGUCUGAUACACAAAUUAAGCAUCAGUUAUUUGGUCCUACUGGUUCUGUGUUACCUGUUGAUUCGUUUGUCAAUCUUGAGCAGAGUGUUAGAGUUGGAGGAAGAGAGACCAUUGAUUUCAAGCAGGUGUUUCAAGUUAACCAGAGGUUCACGUUUCCUGCCUCCUCUGUUCAGCCUCAACCAGGCUACUUUCAUGGGUCUGAGACUUGCUUCAGUCAGAAGGUUGACCUGAAUUCCAUGUUUGCUCCUUCAAAUAGCUUUGAUAUCAAUGGAGAGAGAUUGUGGAGGUCAGAUGCCACUGGAAGUUCAUACUCAGUUCCUUGCAAUUCAUAUGAUAAUGCACUUAUUUCCAGCAAUGCACCAUCAAAUUUAAAGAGAAUGAUUGAUAUUUCUACAGACCAAUAUCUUCUACCAACUAGCAUCUGUCCUAAUCCAGUGUAUCAGGCUAGUUCCCGACCCAACUCACCCAUAACCUACCAGCACCUUUUUCCUGUAUCCACAAGGGACUCAUGCAAUUCAAAUGCAUGUUGCAAACAUGGUGAAGAAUUUGGGAAUCAUGCGUUUUCCAGUUCUGGUUACUCUAGGGCUUCUGAGGUUCCUGAGUAUGAUGGUUCUACUGACAAUGACGUUUUUGCAAGUCGAAAAAGAAAGGUGGUACCCCAGAGGAGGUUAAACAUGAAGUUGGGAGUGAAUCUUGAUGGAAAUAAGAAUGCUUAUUUUGGGCAUGAUCAUAAUGGACUUCAGCUGCCAAAGCAUGGAGAACUAGGUGCUUUCGAAACUAAUCCAUGUUUACACCAGUUGGGUCGUCCUUCUUCAUCACGGCAUAAGGUUGCAGCUGAGAAUUUGGCAAAGGAUGACAAGGAGCUUGAGGUUAAGGGGUUGAUGUUGGCUUUGCGAAAAGAGUUGCGCAAUAGUGAUGUUGGUAACCUUGGGAGGAUUGUACUGCCAAAAAAGGAUGCAGAGGCGAAUCUUCCCCUGUUAACUGAAAGAGAAGGACAGAUUUUGCAUAUGGAAGAUAUGGAUUCUUCAGCUGUAUGGAAGUUCAAAUUCAGAUACUGGCCAAACAAUAAAAGUAGAAUGUAUGUUAUGGAGAAUACAGGAGAUUUUGUAAAAACUCACUGCCUUGGAACUGGUGAUUUUUUUAUUAUAUACAAGGAUGAAGCCAGAGAAAAAUAUAUGGUUAGGGGUAAGAAAGGGGCAGCCCAAAUCGAGUCUUUGGGUUCUGUUCUCUCGAAUUGUGAGAGCCAAGACUUUAGUGAUAAAGAGAGAGAGAUAAGUACAGGUUUUUCUGGUGAACAAACCAAAGCCAUGGCCCCCUACCACUUGAUGUCGAAGCCUAAGUCGGAGUGUUUACCUGCAAGUUUUUCUAUGGAUUUUGAGAGAGAAGCCAAUGGUCUCUCAUUUGAUCCACUUUUGCUUGACUUGAAUCCAGACAUGUCGUUUAACCGUCACCCUUAAAAUAUAGAUUUUCUGUUCUUGUGGGGUUUCAAAUUUCUUGUGGGGUUUCAAAUCAGUCAUGAUUUUUUUGUGUGAAACAAAUUUUCCUCCGUUGAGUUGUCUUUUUUUUGAAGUCUGUAAAUUUACUUGUGAAUAAUACUUCAUGGCAUUGCUGAAAAUUCUUGGAUGCCUGAUAAUUGGUUGGAGCUUUGUAUGCCCUGGCUGAGGAGCUUUGUGGCGAUGUUCUUUGGCAAGAAAGCAUGAUAUGAGUUGGGUUUGUUUC